AUGAGAAAUCACACUGUACCCAAAGAAUUCAUUCUACUAGGGCUAACAGAUGACCCAGAGCUUCAGGUUGUGAUUUUCAUCUGUUUAAUUAUCACAUAUAUAUUGAGCGUUGCUGGAAAUCUGACAAUCAUCACUCUCACCUUGGUGGACUCCCAUCUACAGACUCCUAUGUAUUUCUUCCUCAGGAACUUCUCUAUAUUAGAAAUCACCUUUACAACUGUCUGUACCCCUAGAUUCCUGGGCGCAAUUAUUACUAAGGACAAAUCAAUUUCAUAUGAUGAUUGCAUGGCUCAGUUGUUUUUCUCUAUCUUCCUGGGUACAACUGAAUUUUACCUUCUAACGACCAUGUCCUAUGAUCGCUAUGUAGCCAUCUGCAAACCCCUGCAUUAUACCACCAUCAUGAACAAGAGAGUCUGCAUAUUGCUUGUGUUUUGUGCUUGGCUGGCAGGAUUCUUAAACAUCUUCCCACUAGUUAUUCUUUUUCACCAGUUAGAUUACUGUGGCUCCAAUGUCAUUGAUCACUUUGCUUGUGACUACUUUGCCUUAUUGAACUUAUCCUGCUCAGACAAAUGGCUCCUACAAGUGGUCGGAGUUUACUCUGCAAUAAUGAUUCUGCUUUUCACUUUGGCAUUAAUAAUUCUAUCCUACAUGUUCAUCAUAAGGACAAUUUUGAAACUCCCUUCUGCCAGUCAGAGAAAAAAGGCAUUUUCUACCUGUUCCUCUCACAUGAUUGUCAUUUCCAUCUCUUAUGGAAGUUGCAUAUUCAUUUAUCUUAAUCCCUCUGCAAGAGAAACAUCAUCAAUGACCAAAAGAGUCACUAUUCUCAAUACCUCUGUUGCUCCCAUGAUGAAUCCAUUUAUAUACUCUCUGAGGAAUCAGCAAGUGAAGCAAGCCUUUAAGGACACCAUCCAGAAAGUGAUGCAUCUCUCUGGUAAAUGA